UCGGUUUUUUGCAUCUGCGUCGCGGUUGUUGCAAGAGAAGGAAACAAAAGAAACAGAAGACACAUUGCGCAGGUUUGCUCUAUGUUUUGUGGUCAAAGCAGAUGCGACUAUCGGGGAGUGCCGCCGGGCUACAACAAUUACAACAAGAUCAUGAGAGUGGCGCACGAAAGUUAGCCGCUGUUGCAUUGAGCAUACUACGGACCACUCUGGAGCAUCUUGAGGAUCCUAUAAGUCUCAAUGGCCCGUGGUGGCGGAAGACAUGUCUUGCAGCGUGGCAUCUCUGGAAAAAUGGUCGCCCAAGUAUGGAUGCGGCCAUUGUUAGUUUCCUGCUUUUGACCCUAAGCGAAAUUUCGACGGUUCUAUCGCAAGAGAUUGGAAGCGGAACGUGCAAAGAGUUAUGCAUACAAAAUGCAUUUGAUAACAUACAGCAUAUGAUACGGUCUUAUACGACUCGCAUUAGCCAGAACCUCGCAUCACAUAUUUUGUCCAAGGACGAGAACAGCAAGACCAAGCGGAAUAGAUUCACCAUUCUAGCUCUAUCAUGCAGCUCGACCAUCCGCGAAUGCAUCGUUCAAUCCGCGCUUGCCUCCGGGGCACCGCUCAUCAACAUCCACGUCCUCGAAUCCCGUCCCUUAUUCGAAGGUGUAUCAAUGGCCGCAUCGAUUGUAUCAAGAUUUGAAGCUCUACCAAUACCGCGCCCACAAGUCCGCGUGACCAUAUUUACCGAUGCAUCUGUAGCCCAGGCUGCUAUGGAAGUCGACCUUCUCCUCCUAGGUGCGGAUCGGAUAGCAGCAGACGGGUCCGUGAGCAAUAAAACGGGAUCACUUCCAGCUGCUCUGAUGGUGCACCACAUGGAACCAGCAGCAGAGACAAUUGUCGUCAGUGAAAUCUACAAGGUCGCUACGGAACCGAGCAACCAGCAUAACGUGGAGAAUAACGAGGCGUCAGAAGUCAUGAAUGCCUGGAAACAGAAUGAUAAAGUCAAGGGGCUGGACAUUGUCCAGGAUCGUCUUGAGAGUGAUGAUGCUGGGCAUGGACAGGCAACGGUGAAUGUACAGAAUGUGUAUUUUGAAUGGGUACCACCUAGUUUGAUUAACACAUAUAUUUGCGAGAAUGGGUUGAAGACACCGGAGGAUUUUCAGAGACAGGCGCAGUGGGUAUCGGAACAGUGCGAGGUGUAUUUUGGGAUAUGUUGAUUUGGACGCGUAUACAUAUACCUAUACGAACUUGAUUUUCUAG